AUGGCUUCACGCGCAAGGCCUAGUUUGGCCGACACCUCGUAUCCAGAAUCCACGACAUAUGCAGAGACGUACGAAGAAGCCUCGUAUGCGAGCUCUUCCGAGGGAGGCGGAUCUGCCAUGCUGUCUCGACGGGCGCCAUCGAUUCUAUCCGGAAUCUCGCGAAGGAGGUUCGAGGAGUACUCGAUGCCUGAACCCAGUUUGAGCAACGUGGGUCAGAAGAAACGCUUCAAGCCCGGCACAGUGGCGCUGCGAGAGAUUCGCAAAUACCAGAAAUCCACCGAUCUUUUGCUGCGAAAACUUCCGUUUGCCCGACUUGUCCGCGAAAUUGCCAACGACUUUGUCACCUCCUACGAGCAUGGCGAAUACGGCUCGGGCUUGCGAUGGCAGAGCUCGGCCAUCUUGGCGCUGCAGGAGGCGACUGAAGCCUUUCUCGUGCACUUGUUUGAAGACGCCAACCUGUGCGCGAUCCAUGGCAAGCGCGUGACACUCAUGAAGAAAGACUUCCAGCUCGCAAGACGCCUGCGUGGCCGAUGGGAUGGUUUGGGCGGAUACUAG